CUAGCUCCACUGCAGAAGAAGCUAGAAGCCUUUAAUGCAGUGAAACUAACCUGUGAUCAAACAGCAGAGCACAUCAAGAGCCAGGCCCAGCACACAGAGAGACAGAUAAAGAUGGAAUUUGAGAAACUUCAGCAGUUCCUAAAAGAGGAAGAGGCAGUCAGGAUCACUGCACUAAGGGAGGAAGAGGAGCAGAAGAGUCAGAUGAUGAAGGAGAAGAUUGAGAAGAUGACAGAAGAGAUAUCAUCCCUUUCAGAACAAAUCAGAGCCAUAGAACAGGAGCUGGGAGCUGAAGACGUCUCAUUCCUGCAGAGCUACAAGGACACACAAAACAGAGCCCAGUGCACACUGGGGGAUCCAGAGAAGGUCUCAGGAGUGCUGAUUGAUGUGGCCAAGCACCUGGGCAAUCUGAAGUACAGAGUGUGGGAGAAGAUGCUGGGGACUGUUCAAUACACUCCUGUGACUCUGGACCCAAACACAGCACAUCCCAAACUCUCACUGUCUGAGGAUCUGACCAGUGUGAGAUACAGUCGUGAGAGACAGCAGGUUCCUGAUAAUCCAGAGAGAUUUGAUUGGUGGUGUUGGGUGCUGGGCUCUGAGGGAUUCAGCUCAGGGAGACACUGCUGGGAUGUAGAAGUGGGGGGAGGGGACUGUGAGGUGGGUGUGGUCAAAGAGUCCUUCAGCAGGAAAGGGGAUGUGGAUCCGAGCUCAGCAGAAGGAGUGUGGGGUAUUGAGCAGAACAGGAGUGGGAAAUACACAGCCCUGACCUCCCCACCUACAGUCCUCACUGUGAAGAGGAAACUCCAGAGGGUCAGAGUGCAGCUGGACUGGGACAGGGGAGAGGUGUCAUUCUUUGACCCCAGUGACAACACUCCUCUCUACACUUUUAAACACUCCUUCACUGAGAGACUGUUUCCAUUCUUUGGUCCGUCUCCUCACAGGAUGCAGAUCUGUCCACUGAAGGUGUCUGUGAGUGAAAAAUAGCACUGAGGGAUUGUGGGUAAACAUCCACUGAAAUAACAGGGCUUCAUUUAGUCACUUCUGAGCAGGUUUAUAAAAAUAUUUGCAGAUUAAACAAAAACUAAAUUAUUUGAAAAAUAAAUGCAAUUUAAUUUCUUUGAUAUAACCUCAAAAUGCUAAUGCUGAGUAAUUCCUGUGGUAUAUGGUGGUAUUGUAAGUACACUGGUGUGUGUGUAAUGAGUUGAGUGUAAUAAAUACACCAGUGGAAUCACUCCAGACUGCUGUGUGUUGGGUAAGCUAUGGAAAACGAACUUGCGUGAUUAGCCUCAUCUCUGCAGAGUGUGUGUUUGUUCAGUACGUGCUUGUGUGUGUACCUUUACUGAACCACUGGGUGGCGCCAUUUACUGUCCUGUCAUUUCCAUCCUGACCAAGGUAUAUGAAGUCGCUCAUCAUAGUCAGUUUUAACCGACUUACCCCGAAGAGUUCCCGGAUCAAAAAAUAAAAAGUACAGUUCGGAUUAAA